UAGAAUGAGAGCAGACGAGAUAAAAAAAUAGUGAUAGGCAAUGCAAGGAAAUAAGAGUGUUGUGAGGCUCAAAUCCACCGGUUUUCCGUUGGAAGUCAACACCAAAAGGCUGAAAUACAACUAUGAGGGUGGAACCACCGGGUUCUCUUCGGAAAUCACAUACUCCCUCGGUAUCACCCUCGUAACUAUCAACAUAACUCAAGAGAUUUGUUCCGGUCGUGUGAAAGCUGUGUACAUCGAUCUCUCCGAGGUCAGUGGUAAGGAUUCUUUCGCUAAUCUGAGCCUGCAAGUCACGAGAAACAACAAGUACGGAAUUUUAUGCAAUUACAUGAACACCUUAUUCGGGGGCUCCUAUGAUUCGUUCAAGGAGAAUUACUGCGCGCCACCUUUACCAGAUAGAGAAGUGAUUCGUUACAUUUGUCAUGAUAGUGGUUGCGGAGGGUGUUUCAUUCUAGAAAAGAAGAAGGAAGAUGGUGCGGUGAUAAAAAUGCAGGCUACUCACGAUUUCAUAGUUGGCGAAGAGACCAUGCACGUGAAAGUGAAAAUAAAAAAUAAUGAUGGUGUGAGAGAAGAAGGGUUGAAUGUUGAAGUAGAAGGACCGAUGAAGCUUACAACGGAUUAUAUGAACCAUGUGGUUUCGAACAUGACGAGGAAGAUGCGAAGUGCGAUUGAGGCAAGUACUGAGGCAAGUACGGUUCCACUUGUUAGAAACAGCCCCGCUCAAUCAUUUGUUAGAAACAGCCCUGCUGAACCACUUGUUAGAAACAGCUCCGCUCAACCACGUGUUAGAAACAGCCCUGCUCAACCACGUGUUAGAAACAGCCCUGCUCAACGUUCGCCGAAGGGUGGUGGCGAAGAGGUUGAUGUUUCUGACGAUCGCGUGCAUAUAUAUGCGGGGGUUUUCAAUUCCGCUCCUUUAGAAGAAUAUUAACAUGUUCCUGUGGAUCCCCGUACGUAUACACAAAGCAAGGGCAGUAUGUCGUGAACAAGAAUAAGGGUUGUGAACUAGUUAGUAUGGUCUAAAAAAUGUCAUUUCCCAUUCCUACUCAAAACCUGAUGUUAAUUAGAUUGUUUUUAGGUUGGUGUAAUAAAAAGUGGGGUUGUGAAUGUGUCAAUUUACUUUACUUUACAUAAACAUUUUGUAAUGGCUA